GAGGCGUGGGUACAAACUGAGGGAGGGGGCAGCUACAAAUAGCCAGGGGCAGUAGGCUCUUCUUCAGUGCUCCUCUCUGCCGCAGCCCUCUCCAGGCUCUGUGUGUCCUCCAACAUGGCUUCCUACAGCUCUUCUGCCCAAACAGCCUCCUCCUACCGCCGCACCUUUGGCCACGGUGCCUACGCCUCACCCUCUCUCAACCGCUCGCUGCUGGGCCACAGUGGCGGUGCCGGGGGUCGUGUGACCUCCAGGGUGUAUGAGAUGACCCGGACCAGCUCGAGACCGGCCUACCACCUCUCCUCCAGCUGCUAUGGCAGGCCACUGGCAACAUCACGGGCACGCUCCUAUGCUGGCAUGGGUGAGACGCUGGACUUCAGCCUGGCUGAUGCCCUCAACCAAGAGUUCCUGACCACCCGCACCAAUGAGAAGGCUGAGCUGCAGCACCUGAAUGACCGCUUUGCCAGUUAUAUUGAGAAGGUCCGAUUCCUGGAGCAACAGAACCAGGCAUUGGUGGUGGAGGUGGAGCGUCUGCGAGGCCGCGAGCCAACACAUAUCGCUGACCUGUAUGAGGAAGAGAUGAGUGAGCUGAGGAGGCAGGUGGAGAUCUUGACCAAUCAGAGGUCACGCAUAGAGGUGGAGCAGGACAACCUGGCUGAUGACCUGGACAAGCUCAAACUCAGACUGCAGGAGGAGAUUCUCCAAAAGGAGGAAGCAGAAAACAACCUGGCUGCUUUCAGAGCGGAUGUGGACGCUGCCACUCUGGCUCGUCUGGACCUGGAGCGACGCAUCGAGACGCUGCAGGAGGAGAUCGCCUUCCUAAAGAAGAUCCAUGAAGAGGAGAUCCACGAGCUGCAGGCCCAGAUGCAGGAGACUCAGGUUCAGAUCCAGAUGGACACGUCCAAGCCGGACCUGACGGCGGCACUGAGGGACAUCAGAGCCCAGUAUGAAGGCAUCGCCGCCAAGAACAUCGCUGAGGCCGAGGAGUGGUACAAGUCCAAGGUGUCUGACCUGAACCAGGCAGUGAGUAAGAACAACGAGGCCUUGAAGCAGGCCAGGCAGGAGACCAUGGAGUUCAGACACCAGAUUCAGGCUUACACCUGUGAGAUCGACUCGCUCAAAGGCACUAACGAGUCCCUUAUGAGGCAGAUGCGGGACAUGGAGGAUCGUCACGGGCACGACGCCAGCAGCUUCCAGGACACCAUCGCCCGGCUGGAGGCUGAGAUCGCCAACAUGAAAGAUGAGAUGGCACGCCACCUCCGUGAAUACCAGGACCUGCUCAAUGUCAAGAUGGCCCUGGAUGUGGAGAUCGCCACCUACAGGAAGCUGCUGGAAGGGGAGGAGAGCAGGAUCACCUUGCCUGUGCAGACCUACUCCACCCUGAGCUUCCAAGAGACGAGCCCUGAGCGCCAGCAGCGCUCCUCUGAGAUGCAUUCAAAGAAAACUGUCCUCAUCAAGACCAUGGAGACGCACGGCGGAGAGCUCGUCAGCGAGUCGACACAGCAUCAGCAAGACAUCAUGUAAACACCUGCAAAAGACAAAGAAGAGGACCCCAACAUCUGUCCCUCACCAAGUCCGGCGGGUGAAGAACCCACACAAAGAAGAUGCAGAAAGAAAAGCAAACAGAGACUUUAAAAACCUGACCUACACUUUGAAGUGAAGUUAAAGUAACGUAUCAGGGUUUAUUUAUCUGGAAUGUUUCAACAUGUAUGUAGCGUUUGGUGCACAGGCUGCAUGAAACCAUCUUAUUAAGUCAUUUCUGUUCUGAGCACUCAGUCUGUCACUGCAAUCACAACAUUUGAACCUGUGUGAAACAAAUCAACUUCUUUCAGACAUUUUCUAGAAAUCUUGAAGCGAGAGAGACUCGGACAGACCACCGCACUAGAACCAAGAGAGCUUCAGGUUAAAAGUUUGAGGCCAAAGAAGCAGAUGAUUUUUGCAGUUUAUUGCCAAAAUACUUUUGCAUUGAAUGUUCGCAUCAGGCUUCAGAAGGCUAAAAGCUUUUCAGGCACACACUUCAUACACUGCAACUUAAAUUAAAUGCCACAGAAAUCCAAUAUUUCACAACAAUUACAAACCUCCUCUGCUUUUGCAUUUCAUUCUUCAGCACAUGAAGAGCACAGGUGGAUCCAAAAUACAGUUAUACUGUUGUGUUGUGGUGUGGUUUCGUUCACAUACAGCAGAAUUUGUCCUGAUCAGGAGCGUGAUGACAAUGAGGCAAGGUGCAUGUGUUUAUGCUUAUCAACACCGGGACACAGAGAAGAUGGGGGAGGAGAUUAGAGAGUGUGUGGAGAUGAAGCGUGAGAUAGAAGCAGAAGUCGUGUGAGGUAAAAGAGGCAGAGAGGAGGCGGCGCCCUGGCAGCGGCAUGCUAAUCCCCUGUGACUUUCAAAUUCGCUAAUAAAGGCAACAUGGAUUCAGCUGA